GUGUUGUGUAUGAUCACGGCUCCUGUCACCAUGAUCUUGUCCUCACAGCAGGACGCCUCGUUUGCCUUCUCCUCCCUGGCCAUCGUCUUCUCCGUCUACAUCACCCUGGUUGUGCUCUUUGUCCCCAAGAUGCGUCGUCUGAUCACCCGAGGGGAGUGGCAGUCAGACACCCAGGAGACCAUGAAGACACAGGGCUCAUCCACCAACAACAACGAUGAGGAGAAGUCCAGACAGCUGGAGAGAGAGAACAAGGAACUACAGAAGAUCAUUCAGGAGAAAGAAGAGAGGGUGUCAGAGCUGCGAAACCAGCUGGUGGAGCGACAAGCCCCUCCGCUCCCGAAGACGACCCUCCACAGUCAACCAGAACCACACGCCCCUUCUCCCUGUCCCUCGAAUGACCCCAAAUCCCUCAUUCCUCCACCGGGGUACCCCAACCCCACCUCAGACAACCACUCCCUCCCUCCAUCAUUCUCCAACUCCUCCAACCUCUAUCAACCCGAUGGGAAGAUCAGUAGAAACAACUGCCACACCAGCCGGUUACAGCUCCUCUACAAGUGA